AUGAUAGGUUCUACUCGUCCUUCGUCAAAGCCAUUUACCCUUGAUGGCCAGUGCAUUGGCAGGAUUCCUCCUUAUGUGCUGCAACAACUUCAUCAUCACAAGAAUGUAUUCCAAUUGGAAAUGGAUGACUCAGAAAAUAUUACAAGAAUUACACUUCAUGAUAGACUAAAAUCAUUCGAUGAACGCACAAAAGCAGUAGACGAAGUAAUGAAGGACUGGAGAGACAAUCAUGUCUUUCCAGUCUUGGAAGGAUGGAGGAAUGAGAUGUACAAGGUUUCACAAACAUACAUAUCAGGACCGUUAUUUAACAUGGAGCGAAGUGCAACUUCUUUGCUAGGUAUAAGACAAUAUGGAAUCCAUGUGAAUGGAUUCUAUAUUGAUUGCAAGAAUGAUGAUGUUUUAAUGUGGGUUGGUAAAAGGAGUAAGACGAAAGCAACCUUUCCUGGAAAAUUAGAUAACCUGGCUGCUGGAGGUAUCUCCGUGGGGUACAACAUUGCUGAUACCUUGAUUAAAGAAUGCGCUGAAGAAGCGUCCCUCCCUGAAGAACUUGCUAGAAGAGCAAUCUCAACUGGAGCGCUAACCUAUUGCUACGAGGAUGAGAGAGGCUAUUUUCCAGAAACUCAGUUUGUGUAUGACCUUGAGUUACCUCCUGACUUUACUCCGGUAAAUUCGGACGGAGAAGUAGAAGAGUUCUAUCUCAUGAAGCUAGAGGAGGUUGUGCAACGUAUUUCAGAUGAUGAAUUCAAGCCUAAUAGUGCACUGUCAGUAAUAGAUUUCUUAAUUAGAAGGGGAUAUCUCAAGCCCGACGACCAAAAUUAUCUGCAUAUCCUGUCUGUGCUGCAUCGAGAUCUGGACUGA